CCAGCGGCGGUCCUCACCCUGCCUUCUGUUUCUCGUCGCCUGUCACAGCCUUUGAGCAGCGUUCAAGCUCGGACAGACAGCAGUCCAAUCAACGCUGCGGGGGAACUCGUUAGCUGGUCUGGUGGCACUUCCACGCACUGAGAUGCCAGGAAAGUCGCGCUUCAGCAGUAGAGCUCGUCGAGGCUUUCGCUGUGAUUUUUGAGAAGCAUCUCUGUGAAAGAUAGUACAGUUUGUCACCGUUAGCCGGCUGCACAGGUGUGAAAAGUCAGUGUCAUGACUGGAGCUGAGACUGAGGAUGAUAUUCCAUUAGGUGAAAGGAAGACUGUCACAGACUUCUGCUAUCUCCUGGACAAGUCCAAGCAACUCUUCAAUGGGCUACGAGACCUUCCUCAAUAUGGACACAAGCAGUGGCAGUCCUACUUUGGACGGACCUUUGACGUCUACACUAAGCUAUGGAAAUUCCAGCAACAACACAGGCAGGUUCUGGACAGUCGGUAUGGACUGAAGAGAUGGCAGAUUGGUGAAGUUGCAUCCAAAAUUGGACAGCUUUAUUACCACUACUACCUUCGUACCUCAGAAACAAGUUACCUGAAUGAGGCCUUUUCAUUCUACUCAGCCAUUCGUCAGCGCUCCUACUACUUUCAGGUCAACAAAGAGGACAGGCCUGAAUUAGUAGUGAAGAAGCUUCGUUAUUAUGCUCGCUACAUAGUCGUCUGUUUACUUUUAAACAAGAUGGACCUUGUCAAAGUUUUGGUGAAGGAGUUAUCUGAGGAAAUUGAAGACUACACACAGCGUUUCAACACAGAGGACCAGUUGGAGUGGAACCUGGUUCUGCAGGAAGUGGCAGCUUUUAUAGAGGCAGAUCCUGUGGUAGUUCUGAACGACAACAAUUCUGUCGUCACCAUCAGCAAUCGGCUGCAGGAGGGAAGUGUGCCUCCACUGGAACAAGGCAUGGUGGUUGGGCAGCUCAUCCUUGCUGACGCACUAAUCAUCGGCAACAGUAACAACCAGGUGAAGUUCAGUGAGUUAACCAUAGAUAUGUUCCGCAUGCUUCAAGCUUUGGAGAGGGAACCAGUAAACCUGGCCACACAGACCUCCAAGCAAGGAACGAUGGAACCCAACGAAAAGCCAGCGAAGAGAGAAAACCCUCACAAGUAUUUGCUGUACAAGCCAACCUUCAGCCAGCUUUUUACUUUCUUGUCUGCCUCUUUUAAGGAGCUACCUGCUAACAGUGUUCUGCUCAUCUACCUGUCAGCUACUGGAGUCUUCCCUACUGGGCAUUCAGAUUAUGAGGGACCAUAUGAUUUUGGAGGAGUUCUCACGAAUACAAAUCGAGAUGUGGUGAAUGGAGAGACGGUGCAGAAGAGGAAUCAGGCCCAGAAGGAAAUGCAUUGCCUUCAUCCCGGAGACUUAUUCCCUUUCACCCGGAAGCCUCUUUUUGUCAUUGUGGAUUCUUCAAACAGCACGGCCUACAAGAAUUUUACAAAUCUAUUUGGCCAGCCCCUGGUGUGCCUACUAUCACCUACGGUAUAUCCCAAGAGUGUACAAGAUCAGUCUCAGCGUGGGAGUCUCUUCACUCUGUUCCUCUACAGUCCGCUCUUGGCUUUCUCCUCCGUGUGUGGCUUAAACAGUGUGCAACGAGGUCUUUGGGAAAGAGCUCAAGAAUUCCUUCGCAAAGUGUACCGUGACAUUGGGCAGAUGCUCACACGAUCGCGGACCAUAGAUCAAGCCUUUUUGCAGUUCUUUGGUGACGAGUUCCUGCGGCUGCUGUUGAUCCGCUUUGUGUUCUGCUCCGCCGCACUGAGACUGCAUAAACUCUUUCGGGAAUCUCAGAGUUUCCCGGAAUCCUAUCCAGAGCUCCCCAAACAGGACACAGUGGAGAGCAGCCUUCUACAGAAGCAUAUUUUGGAGCUGGCGACCAUGCUGGACGUGCAGAGCUUAUUUUGGGAUGAUUCACUGGAAGCCUACUAACAUCUUCACACAGGGCAGUAUGGCGUAUAUGUAAAUACAGACUCCACUGCCAAAGCCCUCAUAGUCAUUUUGUUUUUUUAACAGUUAAUGAAAAAAAAAACAACAACAACAUGCAAGUUCAUGUCCUCCAUGUAAGUGUUAAUGUCAUGCAACAGAAAGAUGUUCACAUAGUUUCUUCUCAUAAAUUCCCCAUUUUGACUCUCAUUGGCUUGCCUGGUAAAUAUGAGCAACAUAAGAGUAAAACAAAUGAGACGCUUCACGUUACCGUUCAGCUUACUAGUUCUUGUUUAUCAGCUUCUAACUUUUUUCAUCACAGCAGACUAUCAUCAAGAUGAUAACAGCCUCGGUAGUUUGUUGUAAAAAGAUUUUUCAUCAUUUAUUAACGUAAAGGAACAAAGAAAGGAAACAUUCUUGGCAGCUUUCGUGUGGUUUUUGAUCCACCUGUAAAAAGACAAGCAUGGUAGAGCUAAAAAUGCAUCAGGAAAUGUAACAGUUAUUAUAUGAGCACAUUAUUCACCAAAAAUAUUAUUAGUGCUGGAGUUUUGUGUUUGCCAAACAGCGCUUUGUGUAUCAACUUGCAGCACGCUAAAGGUGCAUGAGGUUUUGUUUCGCCACAUGUUGUGAGUUAGUUAUUCGCUUUCAUAUCAUUAUCAAACUAAUUCGGAGACUUUUUUUUUCAGCCUUGUGUGACGUGAUAGUGCUUCAUUUCCCAUUUCACUGUGCUGUACUUGCAUGCUAAAAAAGGCAAAGAUGCGUGUCAGUUAGUUGUGUGCUCCAAAGAGGAUGCUCCACCACACAAAAGAAAUUGUAGAUGUUCAGAUGACUUGGAAUGAGAAAGUAAAGGGAAGUAGUGCAUGUGUUGCAUGGGCCUGUACAGUUUAGUUGGUCAAUCGGUGAAGACAAUCUAGUGAGAGGUGGGAGAGGUGGUGACCUGUCAGAGGUUCAAAUUGUUGUGCUUUCUGAUAACACAGAUCGUUACUUUUAUUACUGAAAUGGCUAGGCACCUGUUAUCUUCAUGAUGACAGCAUUAACGUGUGGCCUGCCACCUAAUCAGAACAUCCUUAGCUGCUUUCUUAUAAAGCACAAGAAAUACCAGUCGUUCUCUCGCUAUGUCCUUAAGUCAUUGUUGUCACCAUACUGGCUGGUGGCUUUUACUCCUUUAAGCUCAAAGAUGGUUCCAGGCAACUUUGCACCGCAGGAAUUCAGGGCUGCCCCAAAAGUUUACUAUGAAUGCCAAUAAAGGAAACCAAAAUAGUCACUGUUUGUUUAUUUAUAAGGAUCCUAUUUAUCAGGAUCUUAAAAGCAAAACUUAAUUUCUGGAUGAGCUUUGUUUCUACCCUUGCCUGUGGCCCCAAGCUGCAGGGAGUGACUUUAGAGAUUAUAGCCCAGAGCUUCCUUUGAACCAACUCUGGUGUCUCGUGGCGAUAACCUGCAUUCACUCUCUCAUAUCGAUGAGAAACCAUAGAAAGUGAACAGUAUUUAGUGACUAUGGGCGAAAAACAUGCUGGCGACGCAACUUCCAGGUGAGCGACUUAAGUGACCACCAAUGAGAAUGAAGAAUACUGUUGAUUGACAAAUGACCUGGUAUUAAAUACAUUAGAGGCUCACCUAAGUGAUCGGGCAUCAGCUGAAUGAGUCAUUCAGAAGAGCCUCAGAGUACGGCUUCUGCUCCUCCACAUCAAAAGGAACCACGUGAAGUUGUUCCAGCAUUUGACUAGAUGCCUGCUAGGUGAGGUGCACGUCCUACUGGGAGAAAAAACCAUGACAGUCCCAGGGCCCGCUGGGGGGUCGAGCUUCCCUGCAAUCUCUGCCAAAACUACGGCCUUCAAAUCCUAGACCCAUAGAUGGAUAUUAGAAUCCCUAUUAGCUGUGUCUUAAAGGAAAGCUAAUCUUAGUGGGGUUCAAACCUACAUUGAUAUCAAAUCCAUAUGAGAACUUGCAUAGCACAGUACUAAAACUUCAUAAAAGCAUACAUAAAUGUAUAAAAAGAGCAAUUUGACAUAUCUGCGAUCAGUUAUAUUAGUGUCUGUUGCAAAUUUUGCACAUUUGUUUGUGUUUUAAAAGCAUAUAGACUUUGGCUUUUGUUGUUGAAAUCUUAGAGUUUAACCAGUGAGUGAGUCCCCAAUAGGUUGUAAGGGCUGCUAAUGCAGUAGGUUUGUUAGCCAUCCUGAAAACUGUAGCAGUUCAGAAUGAAUACUAAAGAGAAGGCUGCACUAGACCAGCCUGCGAGUUCCUGCAGUGGAAAACCGCCUCCCAUUUGCCAUUAAAUGUUUAAUUCUCAAUUCACAAUCUGUCUCUCACAGAGGCUUGGAGGAAUUUUAGCUCAAUUUUACCUCCAACUUAUUGGUAGCUUUCUUUGUUUGAUUAUUUAAUUGUCUUUUAGAGAAAACAUUUGAUGUUUUUGGUCACAUUUCAGUCGAUUUUGAAAAUCCUGAAGGAUUCACAAACUGAAAUGCAUUCAUUGUUGAUUUGGUCUUUUUAUGUGAUUAUUUGUGAAUAGAAGUGUGUGUAUAUAUAUAUAGUAUAUAACAUCACCAACCAGUUCCAUUGAAACCUCUAACAUCUAAGAGGUAUUAGCUAAAAAGUAAAAUUGUCUUUAUAUUCAAACUUUCAGUAUUACAUUGGCUAAUAUGCAUGCCUCAUAUCUUUAAUGUAGCGGGGCAGAUGUAAAAGGUCCAAAGGUUUAUCGGGAACUGCUGUCGAUUUAUUCCUGGCAGCAGCAGGGGAAAGUGACUGCACAUGGCUGCUGAAAUUUAACUGCACUUGUUGAAAUGUUGGAAUGAUACAGCAAUGCAAGAAGCAGCUGGUUGAAAUGACUUUUGACUUUUUAGUGUUGAUUUUUUUGUUAUUGCCACCAUUGGAGUGUGCACACAUGAUGUAUAAUAGUGUUGCGCAGAGAUGUGUUUGUUCAGUAUUUUGCAAGACUAUGUAUGUAAUCCAUAAUGAAAUAUGAAGUUAAAGCGAGGAGGAGCAACAUGGUAAAGAGGCCAGUUUGUUCUUUGACCAUUUUUCUCUAGUUACAUUCCAGCUUUCCGAGGAUGUGAAGAGAGGCAGAGGACGAGUGUUUUCUCAGUGUUACAUUUGUCUAUGGAAGUCAGCUGUUUCUACAUUUUCUUUUCUUUUUACCGUAAUGUGUUUCCUGUAUUGACAGUUAUGACAUUUAAAAUAUUGUAGGCUUGCACUUUAUGAGAUUUAAUGUUCUUCUGAUCUUGUUAGUUGUUCUUUAGUCCAGAAAUUGAAAAAUGCUUUCAUGUUGUUGUUCUUCAUACCAGCCCUACACACUGGUGACCUUCUUUCUCUCGAAGAGUAAAAGUUACGUGGGUCACUGAUUUUAAACUUUUCAUCUUUUGUCAUGUUUUUAAUAGCAGUUGGCUGUAUUAAGUAGGCAGCAAUAACAUGUCAUUUACAUGUGUGAAAAAGAAUGAGAAAGAUUUCUGUGGUGCUCAAACGUAAUGCUGUUGGUGAGGAUUGCAAUACCAAUGAUGUUUUCUAACACUUUGUAUCAAUGGUACACAGUAAGUCCUCGAACACUGCAUACUGACAAAUUUGUCAGGUACUAUUCCAAAAGUCUUGUUUCUGUGUUGUUAUAACUUCUUACUGUACAUUCAGUUCUCAGAGCUCAAAAGAUCUCUGAAAAGAUUCAACACUUUGGCCUGCUGACACAAAAUUAGCAUUUUUCUAUUGGAAAAUAACCCCAAACACAAACUGCUGCUGCCCCUUUCAUCGGAAUUAUAACGACGAAACCUGAUAAAUAAAAGAAACAAAGAACAUAACUUUGAGCUUCUGUUAACCGUUUGUGGAACUUUCUGUUAUUCAUGUUCAAAACAUCACCACAAAUGCAACAUUUGUUAUGUAGCAGCACUUGGAUCAUUGAUGCAAACAGUGUGUAUUAUUUAAAGUUGCCUCUCACAGAUGUUUCCUGAAACUUUUUUUUUUUUUGGGGGGGGGGUCAUGUUGCAGUGAAUUUUAUACUACUCUACCCAGCAGCAUAUGAAGCAUGGUGCGAUAACAUGUUUAUAACAUUCUGUAUGAUGGAAAUGGGUCGUGAGUCACAUGAUUUAAUGGCUAUGUGAAGACUAGAUUGUUAAAAUGUUUUUUGGUGCAAUAUUCUCGAGGUAAAUUCACUGCACAAUUUUUUUUUUUAAACAAUAGAACAAAAAAACCCAUCAGUAGUUCACACAAAAUAACAGCUGUGUUAAAUAAAAUGUCAAGUUGUGUAAACAAGGUACUAAAAUUGUAUCACUAAAAUAGCUUCUGCGAACAAAAUAUUAACAAGCUCAUCUUCUAUGAUAUGUAUGAAUUUGUUUAAAUAAGGUAGCUUGUGAGAAUGAAAUAUUUACAGAUUAUACAAUUAUGCAAACAACAUGUUGCAAGUUGUGCAAACAAAUUACUAAGAAGGUGGAUUCUGUGAGACGGAUGGAACUUUUACAGGCAUAAUGUGACCAACGUGUGGGAAACAUCACUGCGUAAACGAGAGACUGUCACAGUACAUGCUUUACAUCCUUUACAUCCUUUGGUCAGUGUUUUUAGGAGGAUUUAAAUACUACCAGCAAUGAACAAAAACAAAUGACACAUUAUACACUGCAAGUCGAAAUGUAAAAGCAGUGUGUGUUACAAGCUAAGUACACCCUGUGAUUCGGAAACUCGUAGAACCACAUUUAACAACAGUAACUCAAAGUAAUCAGAAAGUCUCAUCACAGCAUUUUAGUCAGGUUGAGGUCUGGACUUUGACUUUUUUCAGUUAUUCUGUUAUAGAUUAGCUGCUGUGUUUAGGAUUAAUGUCCUGUUUCAUCCAAGCUUUAACUGUCAGACAGAUGGUUUCACAUUUAAAUCUUGAACAUUUUAUACAGAGCAGUUCAUGCUCCACUCAGUGACCGCAAGGUGCCCAAAUCAUCAUCACUCCACCACCGUGCUGACAGUUGGUCUGAGGUUUUUGUGCUGGUGUUCUGAAAUGGAGCUCUUGGGUUUGUUGCAGUGUCUCUAAGCAUCGCACGGUCUCACCGUGGGUUGAAUUUGGUGGCACAUGUUUUCCACUUGUGAAUAAUCCGUCAAACAGUGGACAACAGAUUGUGUGGAAAUGGCCGUUUAACACUUGCCAGGUUGAUGGGCAGCAACAUUUUCUUAUUAAAGAUCAUUGUUGAUGUCUUUCCUCUUUGGCGUUGUGUUAACACACCUGCAUGCUCAGGAGCAGCAAACUGCCUAAACCUGAGCUUAUAUAGAGGCGCUCACACUUGCUGAUGAUCAGAUAAUCAAGUGAAUUUGAUUAGCAGUGCCUGGCUGCUGCUUGCCAUCUUAAUUCCUUUUGAAGCAGUUAAAGUGUGCCUACUUUUUCACACGCUGCUUCUGCAUUUGACACAAAAUGUAAUAUGUUGUGUGUUAUGUUGUUGUUCAUUACUGCAAUGAAUUGAUCAGAAUGUGUAAUCUGCAGGAUUAUACAGAGGAUAUUACUACUGUAAACUAAAAUGGAAAUCUAAACCCUGAAAUCCAACUCUGUUCAAACCACAAAAGACUUUUUAUUCCUCUUCUGCUGUCAUGUUGCUAUUCCUGUCAUAAUUAUCUGACAUGUUGGGUGUUCAAGGACUACAAAUGUUCAACGUUUUGUGACAUAAAUUUGCCUUAUUUUGAAAAGUUUCACUCUUUUAUUUUCCAGAAUUCACACGGUCAGGUCUCACCUACAUAAAACACUUUAUAUUUUUGUUGCAAUCAUGCCAAAUCAGUCCAUUUCGAAGUAAUCAAAGUGAAAAUGCACAGAGGAUGCAGUGAUAUUUUUGAAGGCCAGCCAUGGGGGUGAAAUCUGCCUAGGCAGUAUUAGAAUCCAACAGAGCACAAGAAAUAAACUUGUUUUUGACAUGGACGCACAAAGCCCCAACUCCACGUCAGCAACCUGCUUCCGCACGUCACAAAAAACUGCCAACUGAUCAAUUCUGAUUUCUUCCCCAGAUGUGCAGGGGUCCUUUCUACUGUUUUCUACUUGUAAAAUUGUCCAAAAGAUGGGAGCACCCGUCCUUUAUACCCACAUGUGUCACAUGCUUGUGAUUAUCAGUGUCAAAAUGUCAAAUGUAUUUUUAAUAUUUCUUUAAAAAAAAAAAAAAGAACAGAUGUUUAUCUGUAAGCAGCAUGUUUGUUUAGAGUAGGAGGUGCCAAAGACUGGUGUAUUCUCAUGUUCCCAUCUUAACAAUGAUUAAAAUCAGUUAUUGUAUCAGAUGUUGCUUUUUCCCCCUCUGUGAUGGAGCCAAUAAUGAAAACAAUAUUUGGCUUCAUUAAAGGAGUGUCCUGUGUCACAACAGA